AAACUCUUGCUAAACAAAGUUGAUGAUAACAAUGGAAUAGCAAUAUUUUUCGGAUUCUGUCAAUCUGUUCUUACUUUGUACAGACUUUUGACUCCUUCGUAUUGCUUUGAGACACUGUAAUCGGUCGAAUACAUUAUUAGGACUGUAAUCGAUUUGCAAAUCUGACUGAUAAUGAAUUUUACUCCAAGUAGAAAAAAUGUAGCGUUAGAAGAACUCAAAAAACCCUCUUACGAUCACGAUUUACAACUGUAUCGUGAAAUUCCUGAUAUCAAUAUUAAUUUGGAUGAGUUUGAAGAAUGGGCAAUUGAAAGACUAAAGGUUUUACAAAUAUUGGAACAAUUGAGUUUGAAAGGAAACACAAGUAAUUAUGAAGAUUUUACUAAAUCUGUAGUUCAAGAAAUAAAGAAAGAAGGAUUAAAACACAUGCAUAAAUUGAUAAACGGUGGCAUUUAUAAGGAUUACAAUGAAAACUGUGUUGCGAGAAAAAGAGAUUUAUGUUCACAUUUCAUUCUUCGAUUAAUUUAUUGUAAAAGUGAUGAGUUACGAAAAUGGUUCAUCAACAGGGAAAUCGAAUUAUUCAAAUUACGUUGGACACUACUUUCAAAAAGCGAUAAACUAAAAUUUUUAUCAUCAAACAAUACUAAUUAUUCAGCUGUUAGCGAAGAAGAACAUCAAAUAAUGGUUGAUAGUAUGGGAUCUUUGGCUACAGCUGGAAAUAAUAAUGAGUAUUUUAAAGUCCGCUGGACACAAGUUUUGGAUUUAGUUCGUAAUAGAAAAGUUUACCUCUGUGAUGGAUUUGCUUAUGUUAUACAAACGGAUGUUAUCUCCGGUGUUUGCCAAACAUUUCGGUCAGAACUUUCUCAAGAAUUAGUAAAAUGUUUUCAAAAAUUCAGUAUUAUUAGUGAAGAUGAACGGUUCGGUGCUUUUAUAAAAUAUUUGCAUCAGUCCUAUAUGGGAAAAAAUUACUCUGUUACAGAAAACAUGUCUACUUUAUCUAUUAAUACUAUUGAUCAUUCUUCAAAGUCUUUUCCUCUAUGUAUGAAACGGUUGCAUGUAGUUUUGAGGAGUGAACAUCAUUUGAAACAUCAAGCUCGUCAACAGUAUGGUUUAUUUUUAAAAGGAGCCGGAUUACCGCUUGAACAAGCUUUGGUGUUAUGGAGAUCAGAAUUUACUAAGAAAAUGGAUGCAGAUAAAUUUGAUAAACAAUAUAGUUAUAAUAUAAGACAUAAUUAUGGCAAAGAAGGAAAAAAAGUAAACUAUACACCAUACAGCUGUAUGAAAAUAAUUAUGGGUGCAGUGGGUUUGGAUGAAUAUCACGGGUGUCCAUAUAAACAUACUAAUAGUCAAGCAUUAAAGCAAUUACUUGAGACUUCUAACAUUUCAACUCAAAGUAUUCAAGAAAUUUUAAAUCUGUCUCAAAAUGGACAUUAUCAAAUUGCUUGUACAAAAUAUUUUGAAGCACAUAAUGGUGUAUCACCUUCUUGCACAGCUAUCAACCACCCAAAUCAAUUCUUUGAAGAAAGUCAAAAAUUGAAAGGAUUCAAUGUUGAAUCUACUAUCAAUGAUUCUCAAGUAAAUGAAUCGUCAGUGAUAGAUGAUAUUGAAAAUAACGAAUUUGAUCAAACAAUGGUCGAUUUUGUUGACAAAAUGGAUGAAUGAAUUAUAAUAAUAUUUUUUUACUUACUAUAAGCAAAUACAAAAAAGUAUUUGACCAACAUUUUAUCUUUUACUUUUGAUAAAGAAUAUUAUUUGAAAUAUUAAUAGCAAGUCAUAGCAGAGGCUUGUCCAAGAUAAAAGUUCAGGACGGGUCCGGUUUUAAUUAAAAUGUGUACAAUAAAUAUAUUUUUUUAAAGGAAUUUUAAAAUUUUUUUUUAAAUGUACAAUCAAUUAUAGUAUUACCUAAUAAUGAAUAUAUAUUUUUAAUUUUUAUUAUAUAAUAUGGUUGUCAACUGUUCGCGGAUGCAUGUUUUUCCUAAAAGCGCUUGACGAUUACCAAUUAAGUUUAUUUAUAGAUAGAUUAUUGUACACCGCACAAAAUAUAAUUGAUACACGGCCAUA